UUUACUUCCGAUUAGCAUCUUUUUGCGUUAAGUUGUUCCAACCGGGAUAACGGUUAGCGACAGGUGGCAACACAUUUGGAAUAAUAAUUACAGUGUAAAUUCGCAAACAUGGGGAAAAAACACAAGAAACACAAACCGGAAUGGAGGACAGUUGACGACUACGAGGACAAAGCUCAUGAAAAACCCCUGAAGCUGGUGCUCAAAGUUGGAGGAAGCGAGGUGACAGAGCUCUCUGGUUCGGGCCAUGACUCCAGCUACUACGAUGACAGAUCGGACCACGAGCGAGAACGCCAUAAAGAAAAAAAGAAAAAGAAGAAGAAAAAGUCAGAGAAGGACAAAGACAAAUAUGUGGAUGACGAGGAGAGAAGGCGGCGGAAGGAGGAAAAAAGGAAGAAGAGAGAACGAGAACAGAAUGAAUUGGAGGCAGCUGCAGCAGGUUCCAGUAGCGGCAUCCCAGUUGAACCGUUCACACUUACAAAAACUAUAACUAUUGGAUUAGAGCCAGAAGAAAAGAAGAAGAAGAAAGAGAGGUUUGAAAUAGAGCCUGAAGUGGAAGAGUUUCACCCCAGUGUGAAAGUGGAAGUAGAGCAACAAGGUGACAGACCAGUCAGAUCCUGCCGGACACAACAAGAGAAUGAGUCCACUCCUCGUCAACAACUGCUGGAACAUUUUUUGAGGCAGCUGCAGAGGAAAGAUCCCCACGGAUUUUUCUCCCUUCCGGUAACGGAUGCGAUUGCUCCUGGUUACUCAAUGAUCAUCAAACAUCCUAUGGACUUCAGCACCAUGAAAGACAAGAUUAGAAACAACGAAUACAACACAGUAACAGAAUUCAAGGCGGACUUCAAGCUGAUGUGUGACAAUGCCAUGGUAUACAACCGACCAGAGACUGUCUACUACAAGGCUGCCAAGAAACUGCUUCAUACAGGAUUCAAGAUGAUGAGCAAGGAGCGGCUUUUAGCCCUGAAGCGCAGCAUGUCUUUCAUGCAGGACAUGGAUUUCACUCAGCAGGCAGCCAUUUUAGGAGACGAAGACCUGACGGCUGACGUACCUCCUCCAGAGACAAUCCCCAUCCCAGCGGAAUCUGCAAAGAAGUCCAGGAAACAACCAGUCAAAGACAUGAAGGAAGUCAUCAGCUACCUGUAUGAGCCAGAGGGAAACGCUUGCAGCUUGACUGACAGUACAGCAGAGGAGCAUGUUCUGGCCCUGGUUGAACAUUCUGCGGAUGAAGCUCGGGAUCGCAUCAACAGAUACAUGCCAAACUCCAAGAUGGGCCACUUGCGUAAAGAGUCAGACAGUUCUCUUCUGUAUACGGUUGUAAAUCAGCUUGAUCCUGAUGCAGAAGAAGAGGAGACCCAUAAAGUGGACUUGAGUUCUCUGUCAAAUAAGCUCCUGCCAGGAUUAACUACUUUGGGUUUUAAAGAUGACAGGAGGCACAAAGUGACUUUUCUCAGCAGUGCUUACAACAUCCAGAGCCUUCAGAAGAACUCCGUGUUUCCAGACUUGCUAUCUGAUGAGGUUGACAUGCUCUAUUCAGCCUAUGGAGAUGAUACAGGGGUGCAGUGUGCUCUGAGCGUACAGGAGUUUGUCAAGGGCUGUGGAAGUGUCACCAAGCGUUGGGUCGAUGGGCUUCUGGACAAGAUGACCGCAGGCGAUCACACAAAAGCUGUGAAUCAGAUUCGACAGAAAAGAAACAUGACACUGAAGCCUGAUGAAACCAAGUCCAACAUCUGUGACAUACAGAUGACAGAUAGUACUGGCCUGGGAGAGAGCAGUUCAGUGCUGGACUUCAUGUCAAUGAAGAGUUAUCCUGAUAUGUCUCUGGAUAUUUCCAUGCUUAACUCAUUAGGUAAAAGUGUGAAAAAAGAGCCAGGAAACGAGGAGGGCCAGCAGCAUUUUGAUGAUGCUGACAAACUCCUGCAGGAGUUCCAGGAGGCUCAGGUCGACAGAGUGGGCUCCAGACCCUCGUCCAACCUGUCCUCUCUUUCUAAUGCCUCAGAGAGGGACCAGCACCACUUAGGGAGCCCAUCACACCUGGGUGUUGGGGACCAGUCGGAAAUGGUUCACGAUCCCUACGAGUUCCUGCAGUCUCCAGACCAAGAGGGCUCAGCCAACAGCUGACCACACACACCGCCGUUUUGUUAUCCUCGUGUUAACAGCACUGUGUUCUCAGUGUUGGACUGUUCAAAUACUGUGGAGACAACAGGAGCCUCAGACCUGUUUCAAAGACUGAAACGAAGUGUACAGACUGUUGUGUAAUUAUAUUGUUUUGUACGAAUGCAACACUUGAAGAAUAAAGGCUUCUGCCUGUA